CAAUGCUUAUCUCUUUCAUUUCUUUUUAACUUUCUUUUCAACAUUAAUUUAUUAUUAUCGCUUCUCAUCACCAUCACCCACCACAUUACCAAUACAAAUACUCUCAAUUCAACUUAAUAGACCAUUAACCACAACAACAUUUCCUCUCCUGCUUUUGCUUUUCUCAUUUUGUUUGUUGCCCAUGUCGCUCGCAUUCGAGCGGAUCGAACUUUCUGGCUUGGGUUCCGUCGUCGCCUGUGGAUCUGCCUCCAUAUUCGAGCCGGUGAUUCAUACAGAGCGGAGGAUCGGAGAGGAUGAGCCGGAGUGUUGCAACUCAUCGUCUACUUCUUCGAUCGGAAGGAAUAGCGAUAGUGAAGGGGAUAGGUCAUCGGAGGAUGAGAACUGUGAUGAAAAUGAGGCAGAGAGUUCGUACCGAGGUCCGUUGGAUAUGAUGGAUUCGCUAGAAGAGGUUUUGCCUUCCAGGAAGGGUAUAUCCAAAUUUUGCAACGGAAAAUCUAAGUCAUUUACAAAUUUAGAUGAGGCGUCUUCAGCUUCAUCAAUUAAGGACAUUGUAAAACCAGAAAAUGCCUACUCCAGGAGAAGAAGAAAUCUCCUUGCCAUAAAUCAUUUUUGGGAUAAGAACCGAAACAUAUCCAAGAGACCAAGCAGAAGUUCUUUGGCGCUAGCAGUUGCCAUGACAGAGUCUGGGAUAAUAAGCAGAAGCGGCAGCAGCAGUGGGAGCAAUGACUCGGACUCUAGGUCUCCCUCACGACUUCCUCCAUUGUACCCACAAAGUAGGGCUUCUUCUCACGGGAACUUUUCUUCAUCCUCCCCGCCGAGGAAGACUUUUGCUACCUGGCGUUCCUUCUCCGUAGCUGACUUGCCGCAGUGUGUGAUAACUAGUAAUUCCAAGACCUAACUUUCGGGAUCUUACUCUUUUCAUUUUUUUUUCUUUCUUUGUUCAUUAUGUUUUGAUCGUCCUAUCUCAUGCCCCUUUUAUAUCUUUAAAAGCAUUAACGACAUCAAACUUGUUCUUCACUAAAUCCCAA